AUGUCGACCCCCGUCCAACACGUCAAGUACGUCGAUGGCCAGCAGUACUACAAAGCAAGCGACGGGCAAUGGUAUCCUUCUACAAUAUCAUCCUACUCAAACACAACCCAGGCUACGACGCAAGGGUAUCAUCAAGGCCAACAUGUCGAGCAACGCCCAAGCUACCAGCAGUAUGCAGACAACUCAGCAGAAGCCGGAAGCUUCCACGGAGGUGCGAAUUCGUACGCCGAGGACGACAUCACGGCAGCCUCUCCAUCCACUCGAACGGGAGAAAAAGAAACGGCCAGAUAUGUCAAGAAGCAAGAGAAGGAGCAAAAACAGCGGGAGGCGCUGCGCGGAGGCAGUUCAUCGUCUCGCAAGAGACACAAGAAGGCGACUGAGAAAAAGAUUGCUGAAACUUUGAAGCCGUUCUACGGUAGUAAGUAG